GGGCCUUUGAAGAAGGGGCUUCUGGGCUGGGAAGUGGGAGAGAGGCUUCCUUGGGGAGAAGAAUUCGGCUACUGGUGCCAGAGGAGCUGGAGUCGCUCUGGUCCCGUGAGCAGUGAGGGUGUGCCCAGCUCUGCAGGAGAGAGGAGGCCAUUCUCAAGGCCAAGGCCAUUUGCAGAGGAGGGAGAACUGGACACCAGUCAGAUCUGGGGAGGGUCAAAGGAACAUCCACUCUGCCCGAUCCCCUCCAGGCUCUCAACCUCAACUCCUACCACAGCUCCAGCUCCUCUUUCCCAGGGGAGGGUCAAAGGAACAUCCACUCUGCCUGAUCCCCUCCAGGCUCUCAACCCCAACUCCUACCACAGCUCCAGCUCCCUGAGGUACACCAUGGAUUCAGCAGCCAAGGACAAAGUACAGCCCACACUUCUUCCUGGCUCUUCCUGCCCAAGGCCCGAGUGGGCAGAGCAGGAGAGGGCAGAACAGCUGGCUCGGGGUGCAGCACUCAAGUGGGCCUCAGGCAUCUUCUACCGGCCAGAGCAGCUGGCCAGGCUGGCCCAGUACCGCAGCCGCGAAGUGCAGCGGAAUCAUUCCCUUGAGGCACGGAUCAAGUCCGUUGUGCAGUCAUACCUGGAAGGUGUGCAGACUGGCGUGUGGCAGCUGGCCCGAGCCCUCGAGGCUGUGCAGGGAACACGCGGAGCCCUGAGCCAGGCCCAGCACUUACUCCGGGGUUUGUCUCAGACCUCACAAAUGCUGGAGCCCCUGAGAGAACGUGUUGCCCAGCACAAGCAGCUCCAGGUCCUGACCCGGCUGCUGCCAAGACUACAAGCAGUGCCAGCUGCCGUGGCCCACACACAGACCCUGAUAGACGCCCAGCGAUUCUUGGAGGCAUAUGUGAGCCUGCGGGAGCUAGAGCAACUGCAAGAGGAGACGUGGACACCCCUAGGAGGGCAGGAGUUGCCAAUCUUCCAGGGGCUGGGCCUUCUGGCUGAGGCACUGGGCCAAGCUGUGGAGGCUGCUGCAGGGGCUGCAGGGCGGCUGGCACGUGAGGAUCCAGCCCUGCUGGUAGCUGCUGUUCGCGUGGCAGAGGUGGAGACUGAGCGCACAAUCCUGGGGCAGGCACCCCGGGACUGGCGGCAGCGAUGUCUUCGGGCACUACAGGAGGGCCUGGAGCGGGCCCACUUCGCAUCGCCUGCGCUGCCUGAGCCAGGAGCCCUGGCAGGGUGGCUUGAGGCCCUGCAGGUAGCCUUGCCUGCUGAGUUGGCAAAAGCUGAGGCACUAGUGGCACCCUGCUGCCCACCAAACUACCAUGUGGUUCGGCUGUGGGCCCACACCCUGCACAGUGGCCUACGCCGCAGGGUGCAGCAACUCCUUUCAGGGCCCGAGCUGGGAGCUGCGGACACCUUUGCCUUGCUGCACUGGGCACUGCAUGUAUACAUGGGGAAGGAAAUGAUGGGGAACUUGGAACUGGGGCCCGAGGCCGAUGUGUCCCAACUAGAACCCCUCCUGACUUCUGAGAACAUUGAGCAGCUGGAGGCAGCAUUUGUGGCCCAAGUCCAGCUAAGUGUGGCUCAGUGGCUGAAGAAAGCACUAGAUGGGGAGGUAGCUGAGUGGAGCAGGGAGCAGGAGCCCAACACAGACCCGUCUGGUUUCUACCACUCACCGAUGCCAGCCAUUGUACUGCAGAUCCUGGCUGAAAACAUUCGAGUGGCCAGCCUGAUCGGUGACUCACUGCAUGGGCGGGUGCAUGACAUGGCACUGUCAGAACUGGGCGCAUUCUUGAGGAGCUUCAGUGAUGCUCUGAUCCGAUUCUCUCGAGACCAUCUCAGGGGAGAAGCAGUGGCCCCUCACUAUGUGCCCUAUCUACUGGCUGCCUUCAACCACCAAUCAGCCCUGAGAUCUUCGGUAUCCGUCCUGCUGCCCGAUGGGGAAGCUUCAGGUUUUUUAACUCCAGUAGAAGCCGCGCUGGACGAGGUACAGAGGAGGGUCUGCCGCCUGGUAUUGGAAGCACUGCAGGUUGAGCUCCAGCCCCUGUUCGCCGCUCUGCCCUCGCGCCGGUGGUUACUGAGUUCUGAGUUACUGGACGGCGUGUGUGAGCAGACGUCUCACUUCUGCCAGGACUUCUGGCGCGUGCGGAAGCCUGCUGUUCAGCUGCUGCUGGCGGAGGCAGAACGAACAGUGGUGCUGCAGUACCUACGCUCGCUGAUGCAGGGCCGCUUGGUGUGCCGUGGCGCGGACGAGCGGACCCAGGCGGCCGAGCGCCUUAGGCAGGAUGCUGCCCAGCUGAAGGAGCUUUUCCUUGGUUUGGGCUUAGAAGAGAGCGCUCACUGCGCGCCGGUGCUGCUUGCGCUGAGGGAACUGCUCAACCUUCACGACCCCACGCUGCUUGGUCUCGAGGUGGCAGGCCUGAGGCAACAGUUUCCCGACCGAGGAUCAUGUCUCUGCCCUCUUGGACCUGCGCGGGGACGUGUCCCGAGAGCAUCGCCAGGCAGCACUCAGCUCGCUGCAGGCCGGCCCACCUCCCUCACCUUCCACUGGCCGCCGGGCGCUCUUCAGCCUGGUACCAACUCCUACGCCCUCUCUGUCCUCCUGCCUCCCCUCGGGCCCCUGCUCCUGACACCUAUUUGUCUGCGUAAUAAAGCCACAUCUACCGCACGUCUAUGCGUUGGGGCUCGGGGGUGUUGAAAGCAGCUGUGAAAGUAGGGGUCCAUGUAUAGUGGCAUACCUAAUCCUGGCUGCAGCCCUAAUAUUCUGGUAGCAUCUCGCCUCUGCAGACAGCUGUUCUUUCUGUGGACUGCGUCCCCCGAGCCCUGGGCUCCUACGGAGUUCUCAGUGCCCACGUAU